GAAAGCAAAACAAGCAUCAUGGCCGCGGACUGUUUGAGAAAGUUAUUUGAAGACUAUAAAAAGGCUGUAGUUCACAAUCCUCAGCUCGUAAGCCAGCUAGAGUUAGGUUUUCGAGUUGCGUCUUAUCUUAUUGCAGGUCGUUUCCAUGAUUCUCAGGUUUUGUCAGAGUUGUUUUAUGCCACAUCUAAUCUGAUUGUGAUGUUAAAUGAUGCCAUUCUUCACAAAAAAGCCUGUGUUAUUCCAAAAAUGAAGGUGAGUCAGAAACGUUUGAUGAGAAUAAUCACCGUACUGGAGUAUGUUGAAGUCUUCAUAGAAAUGACAGCACAGCGUUUCUGGGGACACACAGGAAGAUGGGUGGCCAUUGCUGCUAUUCAAGUGGCAAAGGCUGUGGCUCGAUUUGUGCUUCUAAACUAUUACAAUGCAGGCAUUCAGCCAGUCCCUCCCAUCAUGCCCCUCAAUAGGCAGCUGCUGGUAACAGAGAAAAAGACAGAGGAACCAGUUCAGGAAACAUCAGAGAGCACAGAAGACAGAAAUUCAUUCCACAUUCCCUUUACAUUUACAUUGAAGCGUUCAGGAAAAACUAUGAGAUCCUUAGCUAAAACCCCUCAGCUGAGUCUUAGAGACUGGCGACUGCCUGGAAGUGGAGCACCACCAGCUUCAGGUUUGAAAUCAAGGGAGAAUAUAUGCCCCACACCUUUAACGGUGAACCAGUACUGGGGAGAAACAUUACAUAUCAUGAAGCCUCUUGUUCACUUAACCAGCCUCUACCUGUUUGGGCUAUCAUCCUGGAAACCAUGGCUUUUGUCAGGGGCCAUGGAUGUCAGCAGUCUCUGCUUAAUGGGAGAUCCCAAAGAUCUAAACAUUAAUGAGCAAGGUGAACUGCGACGUCGUACACUCAUGCUGCUUCUCUAUCUCUUGCGCUCACCUUUCUACGACAGAUAUUCUCAAGCGAAAAUUGUCAUGGCACUCAAGCUUCUUGCUGACAAUGUCCCUGGAAUGUCUCUUGUGAUGCGUCCAUUAAUGGAGUACCUUCCUCAGUGGCAGAAGGUGUACUUCUAUAUAUGGUCUACAUAAUUCACACCUAAAGCACAAACAGGGGUUGUCAUUGUUUGGAACUAAUUCCAGGCUAUCUUCCUUGAUCAGUCCUCACAAAGAGGCCUGUUAGAAGAAAAGAUGCUAUAUACAAUUGUUAGCAUAAAGCCGUGAAGGUGCCUCAAGUUUAAGGAAAAUUUUCAUGCUAACAAUUUGGACAGAAAUGUGCAGUUUUCCUGGUAACUGUAAAUAGAAAUGAAGAUUUUGAUGAAUAGCAUUAAUUUUGGCCAAUAUGUGACCAUUCCAUAGUUUGGUUAAAUUUACAAUGAAAGUUACUGAGAGUGUUUCUUUGCAGAUUUUGUUUUCUGUAUUUCCCACUGAACUUUAUGUAUAGAUCUAUUUUGAGUGUGCUUUGAAGACAAGUUAGGUCCAUCUAAUCAUCUGUACUUGCAAUUUAAAAGUGGUGUCACUGGCCAGUCACAAAUGAAAGGAGUGUUGCAUAAUACCUUCAUUCUGUGUCCCAGAAACCUCAUGCAGAGUUUGAACAUAUUAAUAGUCAAGCUUAAGUGUACCAUGCCAAAGUGUUAACCUUCUGUGUUGAGGGU